CCGCAUUCAGCCUCCUUUCAUCUUAAACCCAUCUCAUCCCCGUCAUUUCUAUUCUUGUUUACUUUAAAGAUUGGACUGGUUCCUGAUCUUAGUUCUCUAUCAACUCUCGUUUACUUGAUACCCACCCGACAUUGACUGUCGACUACUGUUUUGUAUAUCACAUCUACCUACACAAAGAUCAACCACAUCCUAAUGAUCUGAAACGAAACGAUACAUCACAUCAUCAUGAAGUUCACUUCUACUGGCCUCAUGGCCUCUCUCGCUGCUUCAGCUUCAGCUUCUGCCCUUCCCCAAUUCGCUCGCAGCUCAUACCCUGCCCCUUCGGCAUCGGCAUCUUCUCCUGCCCGCAUCCUCCUCGGAAACCCUGGUCACAUCUACGUUGCCGACUUUACUCCCAAGACGGGCAAGUUUGAGAUUAGCAUCAACGAGACCAUUGAGGGUGGAAACUCGUGGAUGGCCUUUGCCAAGCCCAACUUGCUCUAUGCCGUCGAUGAGAACUCGAACGAGCUGCGUCUGUUUAACCUGGACCUCAAGACUAAUGAACUCAACCUUACAACUAAGAAGACCGCCAGCACUGGUGUUGUUCAUCUCGAGUUCAACUCUGACAAGAGUCGCAUGGUCGGUGCUGCUUACGGAAACGGUACUAUUGAUGUCUGGAACACGAAGGACGGUGGUCUGGAACUCAUCAAGACUAUCAAGUCUCCCGGCAAGCUUGGUCCCAACAAGGAGCGCCAGGAUGCUUCCCACCCUCACCAGGCCAACCUCGAUCCUUCAGGCCGCUACUUCGCCGUCAACGAUCUCGGUACCGAUUCUGUCGUCCUCAUCGACUCCAAGAACGACGCUUUUACAGAUAAGAACAUCCCUAUCGAGGCUGGCUGUGGUCCUCGCCACGGUGUCUUUUACCCUCGUGGUCAGGACAAGGCCACCCAUUACAUUAUCGCCUGCGAGCUGAGCAACCAGGCCCUCGUCUACUCGGUCACCUACGAGGCCAACACUCUUGCUUUCAAGCACUACCAGUCCAUCUCUACCUACGGCAAGGAUGCUCCUGCCAAGGAUAUCAAGAAGGCUGCCGUUGGCGAGAUCAUCCUUGCUCCCAACAACAAGGAUGUUUACAUCUCCAAUCGUCUCUCAGGACAAAAGACCGACUCUAUCGCUCGCUUCACCAUUGCCGAGUGCGGAACCCUGACUUACGCCGAGACCGUCUCCUCUGGUGGUCUCCUACCCCGCAUGAUGAGUUUCAGCUUGACCGCUAAGCACAUCUUUGUCGGCAACCAGGAUGGCACCAACGGUCUUGUUGCCCUGAAGCGUGGCUCUGAUGGCAAGCUUGUUGAGAAGCCCGUCGGCAGCCUCCCUGGUUCUGUGUUCGGCGAACCUCAAUUCGGACCUCAGUACGUUCAGCAGAUCGCCUAAAAUGGUUGAUCUGCAAGCCAACGUUAACAAAUCUUCUUCUUCUUCUUGUUUCAAUGGCGCUUUUGGUGUUUCUUGGGCUUGUAGGAUAUAUCCUGGAUCUGCCCUUGGAUAGUGAAAAGGGCACGAUUAUUUUCCAAAAUAUGUUUUAGCAUUAUACUUCGUCAAUUGAC